GAGCAGCUGCCUGUUAGCAUGGUUAGCAGUUAGCCACCUAGCUUCUGCCAUUUCCAGCAGCGCUGCUUGUGUUUGGUUGGUUGCUGUUAGCAGCAAGAUGGCGGCUUCCAUCCCGGCGCACAGACCCUCCGCUCUGCAUAUUUAGCAACAGCUUUCAGCCUCCACUGUUCCCCCCUCACACUGAUGCAUGGAGCAGCCGUGCACCGCACUCACCCGCAGCUGGAUUAUGCGUUUCUGUUUCUGCUGGUUCUUGUUAAUCUGAGCGGCUACCGGCGAAUUUCUACAGCGUUCACGGGGCUAAAAUGGCGGACUGUCUGCUGCAGUGUCUGGGCUAGCUAGCAUCACACCGACCCCUCUCAGAAUCACAGACUGGAACAUCAGAUAAUGUUUAUUAUAUCUGUUUAAUAAAAGUUCACGAAGCUGUAGCGGACAGCUCAUCACGUCCAGUUAAAACAGCUAAAAUAGCCAGCUUUGGAUAAAUUAGCCGGCUAGCCAUUAAGCUUCGGGAGCUAGUUAGCAGGCUAAUGCUAACCGUGAGCUAGACAAAAACUUUCUGACGCAACUCUCGACUGAAUUUUGGAUUUUCUUUUUCCCCUUGCUGAGGACCGGGAGACGCGAACCCCGACAGCAGCGACAUGGCGUCCGAACCCGCGGUGCUUCAGCCCCGCUGGAAGCGCGUCCAGGGUUGGACCGGGCCGGUGCCGCGGCCCCGCCACGGACACCGAGCCGUGACCAUCAAGGAGCUAAUGGUGGUGUUCGGCGGAGGGAACGAGGGGAUCGUGGACGAGCUGCACGUCUACAACACCGCUACCAACCAGUGGUUCAUCCCUGCAGUGCGCGGUGACGUCCCCCCCGGCUGUGCCGCCUACGGCUUCGUGUGUGACGGGACGAGGCUGCUGGUGUUUGGAGGGAUGGUGGAGUACGGCAAAUACAGCAGCGACCUGUACGAGCUGCAGGCGAGUCGUUGGGAGUGGAAACGUCUGAAGGCCAAGGCUCCAAAGAACGGCCCGCCCCCCUGCCCCCGCCUCGGACACAGCUUCUCUCUGAUUGGCAGUUCCUGCUAUCUGUUUGGAGGACUGGCCAAUGACAGUGAAGACCCCAAGAACAACAUCCCCAGGUACCUGAACGACCUGUACAGUCUGGAGCUGCGGCCGGGCUCCAGCGUGGUCGGCUGGGAGAUUCCGCUGACGUCCGGCUCGCCGCCGCCGCCCAGAGAGAGUCACACAGCCGUGGUGACGAGCGGCCGCGGCGCCAACAGACUCAUCAUCUACGGAGGGAUGAGCGGCUGCAGACUGGGAGACCUGUGGGUGCUCGACAUAGACUCUCUGAUCUGGAGUAAACCGACCCUCGGAGGAACCGCCCCCCUCCCCCGCAGCUUGCAUACUGCCACCACCAUCAACAACAAGAUGUAUGUGUUUGGAGGUUGGGUUCCUCUGGUGAUGGAUGAUGUCAAAGUGGCGACUCAUGAGAAGGAGUGGAAGUGUACCAACACGCUGGCCUGCCUCAACCUGGACACGAUGUGCUGGGAGACGGUCCUGAUGGACAGCGUGGAGGAGAACAUCCCCAGAGCUCGAGCGGGUCACUGCAGCGUCGCCAUCAACUCCAGACUCUACGUCUGGAGCGGCAGAGACGGAUACAGGAAGGCCUGGAACAACCAGGUGUGCUGCAAGGACCUCUGGUACCUGGAGACAGAGCGUCCCUGCGCUCCCUCUCGGGUGCAGCUGGUCCGGGCCAACACGUCGUCUCUGGAGGUGAGCUGGGGGCCGUCGCAGACCGCCGACACUUACCUGCUGCAGCUGCAGAAGUACGACAUUCCUGCCGCGUCUGCGCCCGCCUCACCUGCCUCUAGCCCUGCCGUCAACCCUGUCCCCAAGAGCCUCGCCCCCAUCGCCGCGACACCAGCUAACCAAACUGUCCCGCUGUCCGGGGUCACGUUGGUCCCCUCCCCCACAAUGGCUGCCGCCGCCAAAGCACCAGCGGUCCUGAAGGUGGCAGCGGCUCCAGGUGCAGCAGGCGGAGCCUCCAUCGUCACAGUGAGACAGGCCACGCCCAAAUCCCCAAUCGCCGUGACGACUCUUCCCGCCGGUGUUCGUAUGGUGGUACCUGCUCAGGCCAGUCAGGGGACGCCAAUAGGAAGCAGUCCUCAGAUGAGCGGUAUGGCGGCGUUGGCGGCCGCAGCUGCAGCAACUCAGAAGAUCCCUCCGUCCACGACGGCGAUGCUGAACGUCCCUGCAGGAGCAACGAUUGUAAAGACGGUGGCGGUAAGUAACCCGGCCACACGCAUGUUGAAGACGGCUGCUGCUCAGGUGGGCGGAGCCUCUGUAGUCUCCACCCCAGGGACCCCCAGCCGACCAAUCAUCACGGUUCAUAAGUCCGGAACGGUGACCGUCUCCCAGCAGGCUCAGGUGGUCACCACAGUGGUGGGCGGAGUCACAAAGACCAUCACUCUCGUUAACAGUCCACUCAGUGUGGGGGGAGGCGGAACUCUGAUUGGUAACCUGGGUAACCUUGGUAACCUCAGUAACCUGGGGAAGGUGGUGUCAGUGGUCCAGACCAAACCGGUUCAGAGUGGCUCGAUUACUAGUCAGGCUGGGAGCAACGCCAUCACCCAGUUCCUGCAGACAAAGGGCGGCCUCCCACCCGGAACCAUCUUGAAGUUGGUGACAUCAGCAGACGGUAAACAGACCACCCUCCUCAGCACCGCGCAGGCCGGAUCAACUCCAACCAAACAAACCAUCCUCGGCGUCGCUCCGGCUUCCUCCAAACCCGGGACCACAAUCAUCAAGACCAUCCCAAUGUCAGCACUGCAGGGGGGGGCAGGUGGUAACAGUCCGUUCACGAUCCUGACCACCAAGAUGGUGACACCAGGAAGUGCCGGAAAAAUCAUCACCACCGUCCCCAAAAUCACUGCAGCCGGCCAGCAGGGCCUCACACAGGUUCUGUUGAAAGGCGCUCCGGGGACACCUGGUACGAUCUUCAAGACCGUCCCGAUGAGCGGAGUCAGACUGGUGUCACCGGGCGCCGUCGGCACCAAACCCGCCUACACCACGCUGGUAGUCAAGUCCACCACAGGUGUGUCCAGUCUGGGGACGGCAACAGGAAGCGUCUCCACCGCCGUAGCAGGAGGAGCUGUCGCUGUCGCCAACGCCUCCUUGGCAACGCCCAUCACCACGCUGGCAACCAUCGCCACAUUGGCCAACCAGGUCACCACGGCAACUCCCACCACCACAGGACCCAAACAGGUGACUCUGAUCACGACUCCGAGCGGCGCCGAGGCUCAGCCGCUGGUCCAGGAUCUGCCCGUCUCCAUUAUGGCUUCUCCUACUUCAGAAGAACCUGGAAGUACUACAAGUACCACUACUACUACUACUACUGCAGGGGGAGAGGCUGGAGACACUGCAGCUCCUACAGUGACGUUGGUCUGCUCAAACCCGCCCUGCGAGACCCACGAAACCGGCACCACCAACACCGCCACCGUGGCCACCGCAACCAUGGGCGGUAACGACCGAGCGUGCUCCAACCCGCCCUGCGAGACCCACGAAACCGGCACCACCAACACCGCCACCGUGGCCUCCGCCAGCCUGAGCCAGGUGCUGCAGGUCUGUUCCAACCCCCCAUGUGAGACUCACGAGACCGGGACCACCAACACGGCCACCACAGCCGGAGCUGGAGGACUCAGACAGGUCUGUUCCAACCCUCCGUGUGAGACUCACGAGACCGGGACCACCAACACGGCCACCACAGCUACAGCUCAGCAGGGUGGAGACGGCGAGCAGGUCGACUCGACAGACCCCGGCUCCUCCGCCGACCCCGCCUCCUCCACCGCAGCCAGUCAGAGCAGAGCUGUUACUACGGUUACACAGGCCACACCCACCCCCGGGCCAUCCAUACCUGAGAUCUCCUCAUUGGUCGGAGAGAGCAGGGCGGAGUCGUCUGAGGCGGAGGCUGUUGCCAUGGUAACUGCAGCGGAAGGGGAGGAGUCCAUGCAGACGGACAGCCAAUCAGGGCUUGUGAUGUCAUCAACAGCUUCAGUGUUACAGGUUCAUGUGGAGGGCAGCGAGGCGGCGGCACAGAUGGACAGCAGCCUUCCUCAGGAACUGAUGUCAUCAGAAGGGGACAGAGGCGAGGUGGUUUCCGGGGCGACGACCCUGAUGGUGACGGGGCUGACCUCUGAUCACAUGUCUGUUACCGCGGCAACAGAGGAGGCAGUUCAGCAGGCGACGAUACAGGCGGUGCUGCGGGCGGCCGGACACGUCGGAGACGGUUCGGAGGACCAGUCCAUCCCCAUCAUCCUGACCCAGCAGGAGCUGGCGGCUCUGGUCCAACAGCAGCAGCAGCUGCAGGACGCCCACAACCAACCAGAACCAGCAGAACCAGAACCACAGCACAGCAGCGUGCCCACAGAGGGCCUUGCUCCAGCAGACAGCCUGAACGACCCGACAGCAGAGGGUAACGGACACGAGCUGACGUCAUCGGCAGUGACGAGCGCUGUGGCCCGAUUGGCCAGUACGUUUGGCCCCGCCCCCUCUCUGACGGCCAGCCCGGCUAAGAUUCAAACUGCGCCGCCCACCGAGGUCACCAAUGGCAUCACGGCGACUACAGGGAAGCAGGACGUCCAGGUGAGAUCAUCAACGAGGGACAAUCAGUGGUAUGACGUCGGCAUCGUCAAGGUGACCAACAUGGUGGUCACUCAUUACUACGUCCCCUACGACAACAACAUGGCUGACGAUGACUCAGGUGUGAUACCAGACUACAGUCAGAUGAAGAAGGUGGAGCUGCAGCCGGGGACGGCCUAUAAGUUUCGGGUUGCGGGGAUCAAUAUCUGCGGCCGCGGAGCGUUCUCAGAGGUGUCGGCGUUUAAAACGUGUCUUCCUGGUUUCCCCGGAGCGCCGUGCGCCAUCAAGAUCAGCAAGAACCUGGACGGGGCUCAGCUGACCUGGGAGCCUCCUGCCGUCACAUCAGGGAAGAUCACAGAGUACUCUGUGUACCUGGCCAUCCAGUCCAGCCAGGCCGCCGCCUCCAGUUCAGGUUCCGGACCGGCCCAGCUGGCCUUCAUGAGGGUCUACUGUGGUCCCAAUCCGUCCUGCCUGGUCCAGGCCUCCAGCCUCGCCAACGCCCACAUCGACUACACAACCAAGCCUGCCAUUAUCUUCCGUAUCGCCGCUCGCAACCAGAAGGGCUACGGGCCAGCCACGCAGGUCCGGUGGCUACAAGAAAGCAGUAAAGAUGCCAAACCAGCAGUGAAGAGACCCGGAGCGUCUCCUGACAUGAAACCUGUUGGACCAAAGAAGUUCAGAACAGACCAAUAGGAGCAGCCGACCUGCUGAGGAGGACUGUGAUUUGCUGUUGUUGUUGUCUUAAGCUCCACCCUGAAGCUGGUGACCGUGUCAACUCUGACAGCUUCCUGUCCCAACAGGAAACAGACAAAAUAAAAGACUUGUAGGAUAUUUGUACAUUAUCGACCAAUCAGAACUCUUUUUCUCCUUGAUUUUGUUUUGGUUGUCAUGGAGACGGCGAUGGGCGGAGUCAACAGCUUUUCACCUUUAAAUGGAAAUAAAGUUUGAGUUUAUAGAACUAGAAGUAGCUCUCUGUCUCGGUGUCUCUCACCCUCUGAGGUCACGAUGAAGUUCAGUGGUCGCGCCGCUUUUGGGGGCGGGGUCCCUGCAGGGGGCGGGGCUUAAACUGCUCUGUAAAUUAUUGUUUUUCUGUAGCAUCAAAAUUUUUUGUUUUUCCUUUUUUUAUAUAUAAAUGUGUUUAAGAAAAGAAGUGUUAUUUCUUCUGUGGUUUGUUUCUUCUUCUGUUCUCGAAGUGUUUGUUGGCCGCAGUGACGGAGCUCACCCAUUGGACAGUUUGUCUGAGCUGGAAGUGAAUGAUUUUUCCUGCUGUUUGAAAAUCAAACAUGUUGUUUGUGAAUAUUCUCUUGAACAAUAAAGAUUUUUAGAGCAUUUUUUUUA